AUGCCUUCUCCCCUCGCAGACCCGGUCAAGCUUCCAUGUGGAUUGGUUUUGCCGAACAGGCUCAGCAAGGCCGCAAUGGCUGAGAUGCUAGCCAAGACCAACCAGCCCACAGACAGCCUGGUUGACGCCUAUGAGCAAUGGUCAGACGGUGGAUGGGGGAGUAUCCUUACAGGAAACAUCCAAGUCGACGUCAACCACAUGGGCCAGCCUUACGACCCAGCCCUGCACGGCGAAUACACAGACCGCGAAACCAACAGCGCGCUCGUCGCGCAAUGGAAGAAAUAUGCCGACACUUGCCAAAAGCACGGCACCCCAGCCAUAGCUCAGAUCUGCCACCCAGGCCGGCAAUCAUUCCGUCUUGCGGGCUACCGCGGUAUCUUCGCACAGACAAUCGCACCCAGCGCCGUGCCCAUGAAGGUUGGAGAUAGCUAUCUCGAGCGUCUGAUUGGGUAUCUGGCCUGGACUGAGCCGAAGGAGAUGACCACCCAGGAUAUUGAGAGAGUUAUCCGCCAAUUCGUUGAUACCGCAAGACUCAUGGCGGACGCUGGAUUCUCCGGCGUUGAGUUACAUGGUGCGCAUGGGUAUUUGAUUGAUCAAUUCCUUAACAGCAAGACAAACCUCCGCACAGACGCAUACGGCGGUACACCCGAAAAACGCGCCCGCUUCCUUCUCGAGAUCCUCGCCCAGACCCGCGAAGUAGUCCCACCAACCUUCGCAAUCGGCAUAAAGCUCAACUCCGCCGACCACAGCUCCUCAACCUUCGAAGAAACAAUGACGCAAAUCGCCCUGCUCGCCUCAGCCGGCAUCGACUUCAUGGAAAUCUCAGGCGGCAGCUACGAAGACCCCAAAAUGAUGGGCUACGCCAAAGCCAACGCCGCGCCGAAAUCCGAGCGUACCGCUGCACGCGAAGCCUUCUUCCUCGAGUUCUCCAAGGAGGUCCGAACGCGCCAUCCUGAACUCAUUCUUAUGCUGACUGGUGGAUUCCGCUCACGCGCUGGAGCCGAGGCGGCGAUUAAUGACAACGCGUGUGAUCUUGUUGGGUUUGGACGGCCGGCGGCGAUUGAGCCGAGAUUCCCGCGGUUGUUGCUUGAUGAGAGUGUUGGUGCUGAGGAUGCGCAUUUGGUGUUGAACAAGGUGCCCAUUCCUUGGUUUAUGCGGCUUUUGCCGCUGCAUGUUGUUGGGGCUGGGAAUGAGAGUGCAUACUAUUCUUCGCAGAUUCAGCGCUUGGCGAAGGGGCUUGCUGCUCUUGCGCCGGCUUUGUAG